AUAGCUAACCUAAAUAUUAUUCAAAAACAACCGGUAUAUAUUAAUCACAAUGAGUCUUACUAUUGACGAAAAAAAAGACGACUACGUUAAAGUUACUUGGCCUGUUAAACUUUGUGAGUUUCUCGCAAGAUGUUAUCACUCAGAUCAAUUCAGGAUUGAUAAUGUCAACAACGUUAUUUUUAGUAUGAAAUUAGAACUAGGUAGUUCAUUAUCAAACCCAACUUUAAAUUUAUCGGUACAAAAAUCAAAUUCAGAAGCAGCUCAUGCUUUAAUCAAGAUGAUGGUUGGUAACUCGCCGACUCAGACUGUUACUAAUGAUUGGAAGAGGUCCUGUUAUAUUUCAAAAUCGAUGACUGUUUCUGGACAAACACUAAGUCGAAAUUUGUAUGAUAAUAACUAUGGUAGUACUCAUUAUUACUACGAAAUCCCUAUUACGUGUGAGAUAUUUUGGAGAAGUAAAAUAAAUCGUAAUCUUAACAACAAUCUGUAUCAUGAGGUCCAAAAGUUCUACAACUCGGAAGAACUUAGUGAUGUUACAAUUAUUGUUGGAAAGGUUAAAAUUCCAGCGCAUAAAGUUGUUUUAGCCGCUCACAGUGAAGUUUUCUCAAAAAUGCUGCAAUCUGAAAUGAAAGAAGCUAAAGAAGGUGAAAUAAACAUUGAAGAUCUUGAUCCAGAAAUAAUUCUUGAAAUGCUGCAUUAUUGUUACAAGGGAGAGACUAAGGCAAGCCAGGAUACUGAAGUAGCGUUGCAGAUGCUUGAAGUUGCUGAUAUUUAUCAAAUUUUUAAGCUCAAGAUUAUUUGUGAGUCUACGUUGAUGGACAAUAUGUCUACAGAUAAUGUUCUCAACAUAAUUGACGCAGCUGAUGAUCAUAACGCAGAAGAUUUACGCCGAAGUGCAAUUACUUUUAUCGUUGCUCACAGCAAAAAAGUUUUGGCUUCAAGUAAAUUUCAGCAAUUGUUUUAUAGAAAACAAGACUUGAUGUUCGAGCUAAUGUGCGCUGUCGGAAACAAAUAAAAAAAAAAAAUUAUUAAGAUUUUU